AUGAAGUUCCUCUCUAUUCUCCUUGCUGUUCCAGCUCUUGUUGCAGGACGAUAUCUCAGUGACGAGGUCAACUCUGGGACUUCGACGCACUACGGUGGCAACGUUGGAGGGGGCGCUUGUGGACUUGUGGCCUAUACCAUUCCUUCUGGCAUCUACGGAACUGCCUUCUCUGGCCCCAACUGGAACAAUGCGGGCGUCUGCGGUAGCUGUAUUGAAGUUACUGGCCCAACAGGAAAGAAGAUUAAGGCUAUGAUUGUCGAUCGAUGCAAUGAGUGCAACAAGGGACACUUGGAUCUCUUUGAGGACGCUUUCACAGCUGUAGGUGGUACCAAUGGUCUUGUUCAGACCAGCUGGAGAUCCAUCUCUUGCGAUAUCACCUCUCCUCUUGUUUUGCGUAACAAAGAGGGAACGAGCGCCUUUUGGUUCUCUAUGCAAGUUCGCAACAGCAACCUUCCUGUCAAGAGCCUCGAAGUCAGCACUGACAAUGGCAAAUCAUGGAUUGGAACCACUCGAAAGGAGUACAACUUCUUUGAGAACCCCAGCGGUUUUAGAACCGAGACAGUUGAUGUCAGAGUCACCAGCUCUACUGGAAGCACCAUCAUCGUCAAAGGUGUUGGUGUCAAGCCUCAGACCGAAUUCAAGGCUGCUUCCAACUUCCCCUAA